AUCUUUUUAUCCGUCUCUGCAGUCAAUCCUCAAAGCUUCGCUUAAACCCCGUCCGCCGUUCCUUCUCCCAUUCCUUUCUCUCUCUGUCUCUCUCUGGUGUCGGACAUGUCCCUGCUCCUGCGAGCCUUCCCUCUCCUAUCCCUUCGGUCGAGGUCCUUCCCUCUCUUCCACGCCCUCUUCACCCCUAAGCCCCUCUCCCUGCCCACCAAGAGGACCUCUCCCUUCUGCGCCUCCUCCAGAAUCCCCGCCGAGACCCUCACCUCGAAGCGGACCGUCUCACCCGUCCCUGACAACCUCGUCUGGGUCUCCCGGACCGGAUUCUGCGGGGAGCUGUCUGCCCAUGAUGUCGGGAAGCGGGUUAGGCUCUGUGGGUGGGUUGCCCUUCAUCGGGUCCACGGCGGUCUCACAUUCCUUAACCUCAGAGACCACACUGGCAUUGUUCAGAUUACAACUCUCCCUGAUGAGUAUCCUGAGGCUCAUUCCGCCAUCAACGAGCUGAGGCUUGAAUAUGUGGUCUCUGUGGAAGGUACUGUCAGGCAGCGUCCGAAUGAAUCCAUCAAUAAGAAAAUGAAAACAGGGACAAUUGAGGUCGCUGCAGAGCAUGUUCAAAUAUUAAAUGCUGUGAGGUGUAAGCUGCCCUUUCUGGUCACUAGCAGCGAUGAUGCAAAAGAUUCCAUCAAAGAAGAGAUCCGCUUAAGAUAUCGGUGCCUUGAUUUACGCCGUCACCAGAUGCAUUUCAACAUUAUGUUACGGCACAGGGUGGUGAAACUCAUACGGAGAUAUCUAGAAGACUUGCACGGUUUUGUGGAGAUUGAGACUCCAAUACUCUCAAGGUCGACCCCAGAAGGUGCUCGAGAUUAUCUAGUACCGUCAAGAGUUCAGGCAGGAACAUUCUAUGCUUUACCUCAGAGUCCACAACUAUUUAAACAAAUGCUGAUGGUUUCCGGUUUUGACAGAUAUUAUCAAAUAGCGAAGUGCUUUCGGGAUGAAGAUUUACGAGCUGAUAGGCAGCCAGAGUUCACGCAGCUUGAUAUGGAGAUGGCCUUCACUCCUUUGGAGGACAUGCUUAAGCUUAACGAAGACCUUAUCAGAAAGGUUUUCCUCGAGGUCAAGGGUGUUGAGCUACCAGACCCUUUCCCAAGGCUGACAUAUGCUGAUGCUAUGGAUCGAUAUGGAUCGGACAGGCCAGAUACUAGAUUUGGUCUUGAAUUGAGAGAUGUAUCUGAUAUUUUUUUGGACACUACCUUCAAAGUGUUCUCGGAAGCCUUGGAAAGUGGCGGAAUCAUCAAGGCAAUCUGUGUUCCAUCUGGAGCUAAAAUCUAUUCAAACACUGCUCUCAAGAAAGGGGAAGUUUACGGUGAAGCCAUAAAAUCAGGAGCGAAGGGCUUGCCAUUCUUGAAGGUUCUCUAUGAUGGCAUUGAAGGUGUUCCUGCACUUGCGUCAAGUUUGAAUCCUGCUGAUAUAAUGAAACUGCUGGAACGAUGCUCGGCAUCAUCUGGUGACCUCAUUUUGUUUGCUGUGGGCCCCCACAUGUCAGUGAAUCGGACACUAGACCGACUACGACUAUUUGUUGCCCAUCAGCUGAAUUUGAUAGACCAUUCCAGGCAUUCGAUACUUUGGGUGACUGACUUCCCUAUGUUCCAGUGGAAUGACUUGGAGGAGAGACUCGAGGCCUUGCACCACCCUUUUACUGCACCAAAUCCCGAGGACAUGGAGGACCUCUCCUCUGCACGAGCAUUAGCCUAUGACAUGGUCUACAAUGGAGUUGAGAUCGGUGGUGGCAGUUUGAGAAUCUACAAGCGCGAGAUCCAGCAGAAGGUUUUGGAAACUGUUGGGAUCUCAUGGGAGCAGGCUGAAGCGAAGUUCGGGUACCUUCUCGAGGCACUGGACAUGGGUGCACCACCACAUGGUGGGAUUGCCUAUGGGCUAGACAGAUUAGUAAUGCUUUUAGCGGGCGCAAACUCGAUCCGGGAUGUGAUUGCCUUCCCGAAGACUACGACGGCUCAGUGUGCCCUAACACGGGCACCUUCAGAGGUCGACCCUCAACAGCUUAGGGAUCUUUCUCUUCAAACCAUAUAAAAUUUCCAAAGAACAUAGACAUGCCAAAGAAGUUUUGCCUUGAUUUUAUCUGAGCCGAGAAGAAAUAUCAGUUCAGCUGCAUAUCUGUUUAUGGUAGUUAAAUUCUAAUUACAUCUUCAAUUUGUAUCAUGUUACUUUGUCAUAUUGACUAUUUCUCAUAUAAAGCGUUGCUGCUCUUGUUAUGCAUUUUCGGACAGUGGUUCUUGCUGAUUCGAUCUUGAAAUGACAUCGAAAUGUUAAUA